UUUUUAAAUCGAAGAGAAGGGGGGGAGCAAUCCCCCGCCCCGCUCAAACCCUCACCAAGCUUCGAUCUUGAUGGCCUUCCAUGUCGCUUGCCCGAUCACUUGCCGGAGGAUAUGCAAGUGUGAGCUCGGGAACGCGGGGUUGGGAGUGGGGGAUGGGUUUUUGGAGGAGGUGGUUAGGGUUGAGGAGUUUUUGAAGGAUCCGUGGGUGGUGAGGGCGGGGAGAGGGGGAGGGGAUGGGAGAGAUGUGGGGAUUGUGCAGGUGUUGGUUCCGAAGGUGGUGGCGGCGCCGCCUUUGCCAGUGCCGGUGGCGGCGGAGGAUGGAGGGGAGGAUGGGGCGGUGGGGGCGACGUCGGUGCUGGCUCGGAGGGCGGCGAUGCAGCGGCAGGCGGUCGCUGCGUCUAUGGCGGCGGAGGAUUAUGUCAGGCGAUUGGAGGCUGGUGGCGCUGCGGAUGCACCUGGAGAAGUAGCUAAUAAUGUUGGCGGAGAAGAUCAAAGUGCUUUGACUCCAAAAAUUAUGUGUCGCAUUUGCUUUUCUGGUGAAGAUGCAGGCAGUGAGAAAGCUGCGAAGAUGCUUACCUGCAAAACAUGCGACAAGAAGUACCAUAGGAGCUGCUUGAAGAUCUGGGCUGAGUACAGAGACCUGUUUCAUUGGAGUUCUUGGGUUUGUCCAUCCUGUCGCACUUGUGAGGUUUGCCGAAGAGGCGGUGACCCCACUAAGUUGAUGUAUUGCAAAAGAUGUGAUGGUGCUUACCAUUGUUACUGCCAGCAGCCUCCACACAAGAAUGUUAGUCAUGGACCGUAUUUAUGUCCCAAACACACAAGGUGCCACAGUUGUGGUUCAACUGUCUCUGGAAAUGGACUUAGCACAAGAUGGUUCUUAGGUUACACCUGCUGUGAUGCUUGUGGAAGAUUGUUUGUGAAAGGAAAUUACUGUCCUGUUUGUUUAAAGGUUUACAGGGAUUCUGAGUCAACACCCAUGGUUUGUUGUGACGUUUGUCAACAAUGGGUGCAUUGCUUAUGUGAUGGCAUCAGUGAUGAAAAGUACCAGCAGUUCCAGGCAGAUGGUAACUUACAGUACAAAUGUGCUGCAUGCCGAGGAGAUUGUUACCAGGUCAAGGAUAUUGAUGAUGCUGUUCGAGAACUUUGGAGGAGGAGAGAUAAAGCUGAUAAAGAUCUGAUUGCAAACUUGAGGGCUGCUGCUGGAUUGCCUUCUCAAGAGGAAAUAUUUUCACUCUCUCCUUUUUCAGAUGAUGAAGAAACCAGUCCUGCAGUACUGAAACAUGAUCAUGGGAGAUCCUUAAAAUUUUCAGUCAAAGGUCUGGGUGCUAAGAAUUCCAAAGAAUAUGGGAAGACUAACUUCAAAAAUUCAUUGUCGAAUAAGAAGCAUCCUAAAAAAGGUUUUCAGUUACAAACAGUCGGUAAACUGGAAGGAUCUUAUCAAAAUAUUGAUACUCGGCGUGGGAUAAGUUCACUUGAAAGUAGCUUCAGAGAUCAGACUAUUGAUGAUACAAUUUCAUAUGGAACCAAAACAGAGAUAUAUUCAUCACCUUUGGCAAUAGCGUCUGACAAUAACAAAAUAAAGUCCUAUGACGAUCACAUUGGUAGUGACAAAAAUAGCUCUUCCAAAGAAGCUGCGAUAAAUGCAGUUGAUAAAGUCCCCAAGGUUCAUAUCAAAGGUGGAAAACAUAGGAACACAACCUGCUCUCCAGUAUCCGAAAAUGUAAACUGUCAGAAAGAGCAAGAUUCGCUUGUCUCCAAUGGCGCUAGACUUGAUAAUGAUUCCCCUGUAAGAUCUUCAAAAUAUGAAGACAGAGGGAGCAGUGUAAAACUUGCGAAGUUCUCAGAUGCUCACAGGAAAGGAAGAGUCCACAAGGGUGAAGUGUACGAACCUAAAACUGCAUCCAGAAGUCCACUUACGACUAAAGCUAGAAUUGCUGAUGUAAGCCAUGCAGUAGAGACUGUAGAUGAAGAAGCUACAUUAAGGAAUGAUCAGCAAGGCAAGCAUGCUGUUGAGGAACCUGUUAAAUCACUUAGUGGAACACGUGAUGUGGCAGAAUUAUCAAAUGCUUCAAAUUCCUCCAAUGACCCUAAGCCAUUACUAAAGCUGAAAUUCAAGAACCCAUAUUUUGAACAGCGAAGCUCUUGGGUCUCUCAAGGAGUUGAAGAAAAGAGUUCUGUUAAGGGGCAGAGAUCCAAAAGAAAGAGACCAUCUGCAGAGAAAAUAAGUACUCUGGAGGAUGACACGUCUGUUCAUCAACAUCUGGAGAAUUCAAUUGAUGAAGUUGUGGACGCAAAGAUAUUGCAAAAACUCGGUAAAGGUGCAAUUGGCAAGAGGGUUGAAAUUCAUCAAUCCACAGACAAUUCUUGGCAUAAGGGCAUAGUUUCUAAUGUCAUCGAAGGCACUUCAUCCAUAUCAGUUGACUUGGAUGACGGACGAACAAAGACUUUGGAGCUUGGUAAACAUGGAGUCCGCUUCAUUUCUCAGAAACAAAAAAGGGCGAGAACAUAGCAUCAGAUCAUCAUACUGCAAUCUGUGAGUGUAUUCAAUACAUCCUUCAUAUCCUCAGAGGUGGCUUGCUGAGCUUCGGAACCAGCAACUGACUUGCCAUUAAUUGCGUCCGAGUUCAUCCAGUGUGUGUCUACAGAUCAAUCAAAUACCAUGAGGAAGGUUUCUGAUUCCAAAAUGCAGAGAAGAACAUCGGUGUCAAAGGACUGUAAAUUUUGAUGCAAAUCUUUUUAGAGGCCUAGAUGCAUUGUACAGCAGCAAAAA